AUGGCCCCAUCAUUAGCACGAUUGGGUUCAGAGCCAUGGGGAGCAUAUGAUAUUCCCGGUUUCAGCGAUGUAUUGUAUGCGAAGGCGGACAAAGAGGAAGUGUUGGAACAACCGGGCGAGCACAUACCCGAGUUCCGGCUCGCCGACGUGCCACGCUGCAGCACGCUGUUACUGUACCUGGGUGGCUCACAAGGGGUUCGGGGCGCGGAAAUCUUCCCUCCGACCGAAUUCAGUGCCGUCGAUUCGCGUCCCUACCAUGUCGACCCCGAAGUUCCAAUGGGGUCAACACUGUCAGUUGUGAUGAAGAAGCAACGGCUGAUUAAGUCACCGGAAGACUUCGAAGACGGUGACAUCCGCAAGACUAUGCCGCACUUCUCUGCGGAGCACUUCCAGAACAACCUGAUGCUCGUGAACUCGUUUAAACCCGUUGCGGCAAGGUGCAGAGCAACUUCGAGCGCGCAGAUCGCACUCGCGUGGAUCCUUGCGGAAUAUCCCGACUAUACCAAUCUCGGGCGUCUGGAGAACGUGAAGAGCGCAGAAAUCAUGCUGAACGAUGACUCGGACGGUGAACGUUACCCGACGUGGUUCUUCGCCCUGAUGCAAGACGGCUGCAUUCCACCGAGAAACGGGUUGCACGUAACAUAUGACAAGUGA